UUAUUUGUCAUGUGAGCAGCCUUGAAUACUGAAGGCAGAGGAAUAGUCAGUGUCAGUCGCGCAGGACCGUUCACUGAAGUUCACUGGAUUUUCACAGCGGUAACAUAAUGACUCUACCUGUGACUUUUCUCUUGCUGAUGUUCACCUGGACCAUGUGUGCAUGGGCUGACACAGGAAGGAUAAGAGAGAAACGUGCAUGGAUCAUUGAUUCUUUUUCUAUAGAAGAAGAACACCCUGGGCCUUUUCCAUAUAAACUCGGCAAGAUUGAACUUGAUAGGAAGUAUUUAGUAAAUUUCGAGCUCUCUGGCGAGGGUGUGGAGCUAUAUCCGGAAAAUACUCUGAGAAUUGAUAGCAAAACAGGUGAAAUUGAAGUACUUGCAAAGGUGGAUUAUGAAGCUAUUGACAGCAAAAAAGCUCUAAAUCUCCAAUUUCAAGCGAAAAAUAGAUCCAAUAAUGCAGUGGACACGAGGCUCGGAGUUGAGAUCAAGAUACUGGAUGUAAAUGACCACCCCCCAAUGUUUAAACCACCAAAUUAUGAAACCACUGUGGAGGAAUCACGUCAGCAGGAUAAACGCAUUCUGGUAGUGUUGGCAUCUGAUGGCGACAACUCAAAUACCCCCAAUGGAACUUUCGAUUUUACAAUCAAAUCUGUCACGCCACAAACUGACAACGUUGAGUUUUAUCUCAAACAGUAUGGCGAUUCAGGGACUAUUUAUUUCAACGGGUGCUUGGACUACGAGAAAGCUCACAAAUACAAGAUUCUGGUUGAGGCAAAACACCGCGGAGAGAAGGUUCAGCUGUCGAGCACAAGCACAGUGACAGUCUGGAUUGAUGACAAAAACAAUCAUCUUCCAGAGUUCUCCGGCCAAACCGGCACUGGGAGGGUAAAAGAGCGAGAGACUGGCACAGAAGUUUUACGACUUCAAGUAACAGAUAAAGAUAGUUAUGGUACAGACGCCUGGAUAGCUAAAUACACAAUCCAUGGAGAUACGAAAAACAUUUUUCAAAUCGAAACAGACCCAGCUACGAACGAAGGCGUUUUAACUGUUGUUAAGCCAAUGGACUACGAGGAGCAAAAAUAUCAAAAUCUGUCCAUCAGUGUGCACAAUGAAGCUCCUUACUUCUUCUGUAAGAUUAAGAACCGCACACCGAAUGCACUGGGAAGGUGGGAACUCGAAACAUUUUUUGAAACUCCUAACAAAAUUGAUCCAAAAAGUUACAAGUCCAUUCCAGUGACCAUUAAUGUUGAAGACGUCAACGAUCCUCCGGUAUUCAUACCACCAGAAAAAAGUAUUGUGGUAGAGGAGAACUUAGAUGUAGGAAUCCAUCUGACCACCAUGACGGCCAAAGAUAUGGAUGGAGGCCACGAUAACACGUUUAAAUUUAUUGUAGGGGAAGAUCCUGCUGGAUGGGUAACCAUUCAUCCGGAGACUGGAUUAAUAUCUACAACUAAAGUUGUGGACCGAGAAUCCGAAUAUGUAAAUGGCAGCACCUAUAAAGUAAUCCUGUAUGCUGUUGAUAACGGUCAACCACCGCUGACUGGCACAGGGACUUUAUUUAUUAACCUGAUAGAUAAAAAUGAUAACGUACCAAUACUGACUGUGGAUCAUGUUAACAUAUGUCUGAACAAGGAGCCCGCAAUGGUCAACAUCACAGCUGUAGACCUGGACCUUCCUCCAUACAGCUCACCUUUCUCCUAUGAGCUUUUAGGAGACGUUGAGGGCAAAUGGAGACUUGAUCCCACCACAGGGACAACUGUAUGGCUUAUUAAAGAAAACAACGCAUAUUCAGGUCAUCACAUGAUCCAGAUGAGAAUCGCAGACCAGCAGGGAUUUUCCAACAUGCAGAAUCUGUCAGUGACUGUGUGCGACUGCUCGCUUGAUUCAAGCUGUCAUGAAAAGAUGGUGUCGACGGUUCGGAUAGGCAGUUCCGCUGUCUGGAUCGUUGUCCUUGCCAUUCUGUUCCUCAUAGCAAUGCUCUUAAUGGCACUUCUGAUGACAUGCAAGGAUGACAAAAAAAUGAUAAUAAUGGAUGAUAACUCGAGUCAUCUGCUUAAAGCCAACACUGAAACCCCAGGAUCAGACUGUGAGCUACCCAUAAAAAGACACCAUUCCACCAGAAACAGUGUAAAUUCAUAUACACAGCUGGAUGGGAUAAAAAAAAUUGCAUCCAACGACGUUCAGGCUGUCCCACAGAUACCGACGAUCUUUUACCCCGAUCAGAUGUUUGAUAGGUCAUCUAUAUACAGAAAUUCCGCAAGGCGUUCCUACAGGAGCAACAGAAAUUUUCAAAGAUCGAGUUUUAGAAGCACCAGUUCUUACAAUCAAAUGCACUGCAGCACUUCAGGCUUCACGGAAGAGCUCGCCUCUCGCAUCAACAAGAGUCUGCUUGCUGUCAAAGCCCGCGAGGAUGAGAUGACCUUUUAUGAGCCGCGCUGUUACGCAGAUGAAGGAGAAAUUAUUGGAGAUACUGAUCUGGAAGAAAUCUCAAUACCAGAGAAUGACUUUAAUCCAGAAAUGCUUAAUAAUCUGGACGGCAAGUUCAAUGGCCUGGCAACAAUUUGCAGACCCGAUUUGAUGAAAACAUGACAAUAAUAUCAGAAAGAAUAGCGGCUUUUUCUGAGUAUGAGACUGAGAACUUGAACUAAAACAGCAAUAUAGUAAAUGAUCAGGGAUAUUGGGCAUCAAAUAUGGGAUGAGGGUGUUUUUCUACUGUUAUAUGUGUCAUAAUGAAUGAUAAAGGAUUUCAUUUCCUGAAGAAAAGAAGAAUGCUUGUGAGGCAGCAAUAGAAUAAAAUGUACAGGGUUCAUGUAAUUUCUGGAAUAUCAUGAAUUUUUAAAGGUCAAUUCUAGACAUUGAAGGUCAUGGAAUUUUAUAUAUUUUUUGUCCAAGUCAUGGAAUAUCAGGGCUUUUGUUUGUCUCUCUAAUUUUUGCAUUUAUCAAAAUGUAAUCUGCUUUGUGAUGUAAGGAAUGCUGUGUCCAUCUUAACAGCCGCUUCUUGAUAUUGUUUAUUCAUUUGUUUAUGCAUUUAAAGGUGCAGUGUGUAGAUUUUAGCAGCAUCUAGCAGUGAGAUUGUUAACUGCAACCAACGGCUCAGUCCACCGUUCACCGAAACGCAUAGAGAAGCUACGUUAGCUGCAACAAGGACGAAAGCUGUCAUUUAAGAAAAAUACAGUAGUGAUAAAAUGCACUCUUUGGAGCAGUUUGUCCUUUUAGGGCUACUUUAGAAACAUGGCAGCACAAAAUGGCGACUACCAUGUAAGGGGACCCGCGGUGUAUGUAGAUUAAAAACAUCUCAUUCUUAGGUAAUAAACACAUAACAGUUCCUUAUGUAAGGUCUUUAUACACCACUCAUAAUAUAGUUAUUUAGAUUAUAUUGCAUUUCUGUCAAGAAAUCCUUCUAAAUGUUACACACUGCACCUUUAAGCUAAAUGUUUUAUAAACGUAUGGUGUACAAGGCUCACGGCAUCUCAAAAAUAGGUCAUGAAAAUUCAGCUUUUUAGUCAGCGAAAAGUCAGGGAAUUUGGCCUAGAGAGGAAACCCUGGAUUUAAGUCUUUGCAUUUAUGUAUUUGGCUUUUAUCCAGAACGACUUGCAGUGGAUUUGAAAGCAUACAUUAUAUCCGUAUGGUAUGUGUGUUCCCUGGGAAUCUUCAUGCACAUUUUGAAAAAUUCUUGGCAUAUAGAUGAACUCUGCCUGUCAAAGUGCAUUUGAUUUAAAUUAAUUGUAAGUUUGCUUUGAACAUGAAUGUACAUUUGCAAUUGAACAGACAAACACCUAUAGGGUGUGGUUUGGGUAUAUUUGUCUCUGUAUUUAAGGUUGGGGCUUUUAAAGAAUCCUUAAUGAAAAUGGUGUCAAAAUAGUGCUGCCUUGCAAGCAUCAGAGAUAUUUGAUGAAAACCCCACUGAAAGUAUGUGAGAUUACAGUACUAUGGUUUAAAGGUGUUUAUAAGAGACACCUGUUUGGGUUGUUUCUUAUCACAACAUUAAGGUGCAUGUGACAUAUCUGGGUCUGUUGUUGCCUUGGGGCAGUGAUGAAACAUAAACACUGUUAUUAUCAGGCUUUUGUGUGUUUUUUUUUUUUUGUUGAACUACUACUGUGAUGAUGUUGCACUGUGAGUGUUUUAGUAUUAUUUGUGUAUUUUUGGGACAGUUGAUCAGAUGACAGUAAUAAAGUGCAGUAUUCACUUUAA